AUGAUGGUUAAGGAUGUAGAACCUUUAGCUGAAGAUCCUCCUGAAAGCACGGAGUUCUCAAAACAUGAAGCCGAGAGUGCCAAAAAUAUGGAAUCCUCACCCAAGUUCGACCCAAAGAUGAGUUCCAGAGAAAUGAGGAAGAUAAAAUACUAUGAAGAUAGGUUCGCAAGGAUGGAAGAUGAAAAUAAGUCAAGCUCAUCAUCAGUGAACGUGGAAUCAGGACCAGGUGUUCAUAAAACUAGACCUAGAGCACAUGAAAAAAGACGUUCAAUGGAUCAAAAAGCAUACCAACAAUCAUCAAUGGAUGGAUAUAGGCAGGAUAGCACAGAUUCAACAACAUACACAUCAACAUCUAGACCAGGUAGGAAGCCAGCGGGUAGAAGAGUAACCACUUCAAGUGAGUCGAACUAUUCAAACAAUUCAAAGUACGAAGAAUUGUCAAGUGAGAUCCCAUCAACAGAUAAAAAAUCUCUUCUUGAUAACAAGAGGUUGAUAAGAGUUCAAUCAAUGCCUACGGUAACAAAGAAGGUUAAAUCAGCGGAAAACGAUGCUUCAUCUGAUAAACUGGGUUCUGAAACUCCCGUUCAGCCCAGAAGAAAUAGGGUUAGCAGAUGGGACGUUAAGUACGUAACAAAAUCUUCGGAAGAACCGCCCCCUUCAAUUGAGCCUCCUCAUGUCACCAAGGAGGAGGUAGUUGAGUCAGAACUCCCUAAAGAGGAUAACCUUUUGACAGAAAUCCCUGAAGAUGCUCUGAAACCCGCUCUAGAUCAACAGGUGAAGAGUGAAGAAUCCUUUAAAGAACCCAACGAACAUGAUAUUAGGACACCAAUGAGUGACGUGACAGAUUUUUCAUUUGACCAGGACACUAAAGAUCUUCCUCUAGAUGUGGAUGAGUUUCUUAACGAAGAAGAUGAGCAAGUUCAAGAGCCAAAAGUCGAGGAAGAACCUGAACCGGAGCCUGAAGCUGAGGCCGAACCUGAACCUGAACCUGAACCUGAACCUGAACCUGAACCUGAACCUGAACCAUUAGAAUUAGAGCCUGAGAAAAUUGAGCCUGAAUACCCUCAAUAUGACCUGGAAGAACAAGUAAUUCAUGUUCCAGUAAAGAAAAAAUCAAAUAGAGGAAGAAAAGCUAAGAACAGGAGGACAGUACAAGCAGUGGCUCCCAUACAAGAGAACCCUUCAGAUCCAGAUAAAUCACUUUUGGAAGACCUAACUCCAGCUGCAGAAACCAUUGAAGCUCCACCAGAAAUCAUAGAUGAAGUGAAACCGGUCAUAAGAACAAGGACCAAAUCACAUAGAACCAGAAGGAAAAGGCAAGAAUACUACGAACCAGAGCGAGCUGUAUCGAGGGCAAAACACACGAAUAAAUCAAAAUCUUCCCACAAAAGCCACUCGGGAGCCUCAGAAAAACAGGAUAAAUCGCAUGGUCACUUGAAAGGUGGUGAUGCUUCGGGUUUGUUCAUAAUUAAUAAUUACUUUAUAGAUGAGAGGUUCAUAAGCAUUGAGAAGCUGCGCAUGAUCACACUGGAGGAGGCUGAGAAGAUGAUCAACCUGUGCAGAAAUAACGAAAAGGAUAUGGAAAACCUGAAAAAUGCGAUUCGAAACCUUGGUUCAGCUGACUCUGAGUCUUUAGUCCAAGAAAAAGAGUCUCGGAAAAGAAGACAGUUUCUUCUUGAUCCAUCAAACAUUGUGGCUCCAAACCUAGAUUACAACCAAGAGAUCCAGAUUGAAGUCCCUGAAGACCCGCUCAAGCUCUCUUUCAAAUACCGUCUAUUCCAUCAACUCAAUAAGCUUUAA